UAAUUUGGUUGCUUUCCUUCUAAACAAAAGUUGACAGGUGUUAAUAUGGGUGAUAGUUGUCCCGCGCGAAUACGUGGUCAAACAACCAGGUUCUUUACUUAACAGCGUUGCCCAAAAUGUCGACCUUAAAAUCUUCCGAUCACACCAUCUCAUUGUCAUCGAUCGAUCUUCUCCGAUUUCAGUCUCAAAAACACAAAUGGAGAUUCAGCAAUCAAUCACUAACCAAACUCAGGUCUCAAUCAAACUCGCAAGUCAUCUCCUUUCCAAGAUAUCCGUCAACUCAAACACUGUAUUUUCUCCCCUUUCCAUCCAUGUCCUCCUCAGCCUAGUCGCCGCCGGUUCCAAUGGUGAAACACUCGAUCAGUUUCUCACUUUUCUCAAAACAAACUCCAUCGACGACCUCAACUCCCUUUCUUCGCAUAUCGUGUCCUCCAUCUUCGCCGACGGUAGCCCAAGUGGUGGCCCUCGUUUAUCCCUCGCAAACGGUGUUUGGGUUGAGCAAACCCUUUCUCUUAAACCUUCUUUCAAACAGGUGGUGGACACUGUUUACAACGCCGCUUCUAAUCAAGUCGAUUUCCAGACCAAGGCUAUUGAGGUUGUCGAUGAAGUGAAUCUGUGGGCGGAAAAGCAGACCGGUGGCCUGAUCAAAAAGCUCCUUCCUUCAGACGCCGUUGACAACACCACGAAGCUCGUCUUAGCAAACGCAGUCUAUUUCAAGGGAGCUUGGAAGGCGAAGUUCGAUCCAUCAGAAACAAAAGACCACGACUUCCAUCUCAUCGAUGGGAGCAAAGUUGAAGUACCCUUCAUGACCACCAUGAAAAAGCAAUUUGUAGGUUCCUUCGAUGGUUUCAAAGUCUGUAGUCUUCCGUAUUUACAGGGAGAAGAUAAACGCCGUUUCUCAAUGUACUUGCUACUCCCAGAUGAAAAGGAUGGGAUCCCAUCUUUGUUACAGAAAAUGGGUUCUGAAUCUGACUUCUUGGAUCGUCAUAUUCCACGCCGAAAAGUAAUCGGACAGUUUUUAAUCCCGAAAUUCAAGAUCUCUUAUGGGUUUGAAGCAUCUGAGAUGUUGAAGGAACUAGGUCUGGUAUUGCCAUUCACCGGUGGAGGGAUGACUGGAAUGGUGGAAGCCUCAUCCUCCAUGGGUAGAAACUUGUGUGUUUCAAGUAUUCAUCAUAAAGCGUUUGUGGAGGUGAAUGAAGAAGGUACGGAAGCUGCAGCAGCGACUGUAGGUGGUGUGAUGCUCAUGUCGCUGAUAACUUAUGAGAAGGUGGACUUUGUGGCUGAUCAUCCGUUCUUGUUUGUGAUUAGAGAAGAUGAAAGUGGAGUUGUGUUGUUUAUUGGACAGGUGGUUGACCCUCGUGAUGCUUGA